UCCCGCUCUGUGAGGCUGAGAAUCCACCCAGUGGGGCUGUAUCCUGAGGGAUUCAAUGCCAGGGAAGUUACAGAGAUGAGGGGUGAAUUGUUGUCAAGAAAAGUCAGCAAAUCCAGUUGCUUUAGACUCUUCUACAUACUGAACUUUUAUCCUGAAGCAACAAUUCAGUGUUACUGAGUCACACCCCUCCCUCUGCCUUUUAUUUACUCACUAAAGAAUUUAGUUUCGUUUCUUCUCCCGCGUCCCAGGAUGGCGGCUGCUGAUCUGAGAGACGAGCUGAGCUGCUCCAUCUGCCUGAGCGUUUAUACUGAUCCUGUGUCCCUGCCCUGUAGCCAUAACUUCUGCCGGGGCUGCAUUGGGAGGGUGCUGGGUACCCAGGAGGGGUCUGGGGGUUAUUCCUGCCCUGAAUGCAGAGCCGAGUAUCGGGAACGCCCGGCCCUGCCCAGGAACAGAAUUCUGGGGAACAUUGCAGAGCGAUUCCUUUCUGCUCAGCCGGAGCCGGGGGAGACUGGGAUCCUCUGCACUUACUGUGACUCCCCUGUGGCUGCUGUUAAAUCCUGUGAGCAGUGUGAGACCUCCCUGUGUGAUACCCACUUACACAAGCACAACAAGUCUGUACGGCACGUACUAACUGAGCCCACCAUCUCCUUUAUGGGAAAAAAAUGCUCCACCCACAGAAAGAUCCUGGAGUAUUACUGCCCCGAGGACUCUGCCUGUGUCUGUGUGUCCUGCUGCCUGGCCGGGGGGCACCGGGGCCACAGGGUGGAGCUGCUGAGUGAGGCCUCUGAGAAGAAGAAAGAGAAACUGAGGAAAGUUCUGGAGAAACUGAGCCCAGAGAGAGAGGAGACUGAGAGAGGAGCCCAGAGGCUGCAGGAGCGCAGGAGAGACGUGGCAGAAAGAGCAGCCGGUGAGACAGAGAGAGUCACUGCCCUGUUUAGAGACAUCAGGGAAGAGCUGGAAGCCCUAGAGAAGAGACUCCUGAGUAACAUCUCCAGGCAGAAAGAGGAGCUUUCCCUCCAACUCACUGAGCUGAUCCAACAGCUGGAAAUAAAGAAGGACGAGCUGUCCGGGAAGAUCCGUCACAUUGAGAAGCUGUGCAACAUGGCAGAUCCACUCACUGUCCUACAGGAACAACUGGAAUCAGAUGGAGCUGCAGAUAAUGAAGAGGAAUAUGAUACUGAGGAGGAUAAAGAUGAAGAAUAUGAUACUGAGGAGGCAGAUACUGAGGGCAGAGAGACAGAGGGUAUAAAGGACCCGGCUGCAGGGGAUCUGGAUGUGGGUCGGAUCUCAGAGACAUUACUCACAGGCUUAGCUGGGAUUGUGACGGGGGUAAAGGGAAGAGUCUAUGGGCAGGAGGCUACAGACCUGGUACUGGAUAUAAAUACAGCUUAUGAACGUGUUGCUUUAUCAGAGGACAGGAAAACUGCAUCCAGGUUAAUUAUUGCCUGUCGUUACCCACACACACCAGAAAGGUUUAUAAAAUACCCCCAAGUGUUAAGCAGCAGGGGUUUCCCAUCAGGGCGACAUUACUGGGAAGUGGAGGGCAGUGAGUCAGGGAAAUGGGCUGUGGGGGCGGCCUAUCCCAGUAUAGAGAGAGAAGGAGAUAAAUCAGGUUUUGGAAUUACUAUAAAAUCCUGGUGUUUGUGCAAAUAUCAUGAUAAAAUUAUUAUGGCACAUAACUCCAGAACAACUCCUGUGUUCUCCUCCUGCCGGAGAUUCAGAAUCUCACUGGACUAUGAGGCCGGACAUUUGUCCUUCUAUGAGCUGAGUGAGCCAAUCAGGCACUUACACACCUUCACUGCCUCCUUCACUGAGCCCCUGCACCCUGCAUUCGGUGUCUAUGAGAAAGGCUGGGUGAGAAUCUGCAGCUGAUCCCAUUAGGCUAAUGCCACACCAUGCGUAUGGCGUAUAUUUUCAGCUUGCGCCAUAUGCUUCUACCUGUGCCUG